UUUCCCGCUGUUCCCGCACUUCCCGCUCUUCGGCGCUCUGCUUAUUAUUAUUCUCUUGAUUAUUCUGCAGCAAGGCAGACCACAUUGCCGAAACUGAAAGCCGAAAGACUCAAAUUAAACAUGGACAUCGCUGUGGUAAAAGAUGUGGAAGAAGAGUCUCUAAGCUCCGAAAGUGGCUCGUUGAAGGAAAACAGUGGCGAGAACUGUGACCAGCCUAACGUGGAUGAUGAGGACUCCAAUGAGGGAGAAACGAAUGAAAUCAAGUUGACGGCUGACAUGAUUGCUGAGGAGGAAGAGCUUGAAAAGGAGAGACAGGAUGAAGAGGAGAAAGAUGCUCUUCAAAAUUUGGAGGAGAAACAGAAUGAAGAAGAAACUGAGAAGCGCCUCAAGAGACUGGCAGUCCUUUUGAACCAAAGUGAGUUCUUUUCAAACUUCAUUGCUAGACGAAUUGAGGAGAAAAAUGAAGAGCUGAAAGCCAAAAGUGCAAAAUCGGGACGAAAAAAGACUAAAGAUCUGGACGAUCAACUUUUGAAGGAUAAGGCCCUGCUUGACUCAAGACAUAGUGACAGUCUUUCUAACAAAGAUCCAAAGAAAGAAGAAGUGCUUAGCAUCACCAAAGUGACUUCCAUGGGUAUUGAGGUGGACAGCAGGCAGCCGAUGCUGCUGGAGGGUGCCUGCAUGAGAGACUACCAGAUUUAUGGUUUUGAGUGGAUGAAGUUGCUCUUCAUCAAUGGGGUCAAUGGCAUUCUUGCUGAUGAAAUGGGACUGGGAAAAACUAUCCAAACCAUUGCCUUGUUGGCCUUUAUGAUUGAAAACAAAAUGAGUGGUCCCUACCUGAUCGUGGCUCCCUUGUCCACCUUGGCCAAUUGGGUCAACGAGUUCAAUGCUUUUUGCCCCAGAGUACCAGUCAUUUUGUACCAUGGAUCUCAAAGUAACAGACAGAUCCUGAGCAAGAAAAUUUCAGAAGUCCACACAGUUUCAUGCGGCAAAUAUGAUGUCAAAACUUUGCCUGUUGUUGUGACCUCUUAUGAGGUGGCUAUGAGAGACAGAGACGCGCUAAUGAGGAGGGAUUGGGACGUUGUUGCCGUUGACGAAGGACAUAGAAUCAAAAACCAUCAGUGCAGACUUGGCAGGGAGCUCCGCAAGUACAAUAGCAAGUUUCGUCUUUUGCUGACUGGCACACCUCUGCAGAAUGACCUUCGAGAGUUGUGGUCUCUGCUGAACUACCUCAUUCCAGAUGUUUUUGCAGACCUCUCUGCUUUUGAAAGCUGGUUUGAGGUGAAAGACCUUAGCAACGAGACGGGCAAUUUUGAACAGGCUAACAGACGUAUCGUUGAGCAAGAAAAGAAAAACCAAAUAAUUUCCAAGUUGCACAAAAUUCUGCAGCCGUUCAUGUUGCGUCGAAUGAAGUCGGACGUUGACCUCAAAUUGCCCCCCAAGAAAGAACUGCUAGUCUUCACACCUAUGACCCCUGAACAAGAAGAGUUGUACAAACACAUUUUGCAGAGAACUAUUCAUGAGAAACUAGCUAAGGAAAAGGAGAAAAAAGAACAGAAGGAAAUGAUUGAGAAGGAGAUAUUGAAAGGUGGACCCAUUGCAAAAAGGCUCAGAAAGAGCUGCAAUUCUGUUGACUACAACAUUGACAAGAUCUCAGAUAAGGAGUUUGAGAGUCGUUACAAUGCCAAUUUGGAGUACCACUCUUACAUCAAAACUGACACUCAAUCAUCCUACAUGAAAAGUUGUGUUGAGCAAGGUGUAGUCACAAGUUUGAACCCCUGCAGUAUUGUCAUUGAUCUCAGAAAGGUCGUCAACCACCCCUAUCUCAUUCAAAUGCCCCUUAUCCCUGGCACCAUGGAGCCCCUAAUCAACGAAAACUUGGUCAAGCGUUCCGGUAAGAUGCUCGUUCUGGAUGCAAUGCUUGCAAAACUUAAAAAGACAGGCCACAAGGUCCUCAUCUUUUCUCAAUGGAAGUCUGUCCUGGACUUGAUUGAGGAGUUCAUGAUGCUGCGAAUGUACAACUACUGUCGUCUAGACGGCUCGACCAAAAUCGCAGACCGAGUUGAGAGCAUUUCUCAAUUCAACAAAGACCCCAAAAUCUUUGCAUUCCUGCUGUCUACUAGAGCAGGGGGACUUGGAAUUAACUUGACAGCAGCUGACACAGUGAUCAUCUAUGAUAGUGACUGGAACCCACAGUGCGACCUGCAAGCACAGGACAGGUGCCACCGCAUUGGACAGACAAAGCCUGUUGUUGUUUACCGGCUGACAACUGAUGGUACCAUUGAUCGCCGGAUGGUUGAGAGGGCAACUGGAAAACGGCGCCUAGAAAAACUCAUCAUCAAGCAAGGCCACUUUGUUGGAGAGCAGAAAAGUCUUAAAAAACUAGGAACAUCCGGCGAACUCUCACCUGAGGAACUACUCAAACUGCUCAACUCAAAGGACUACACUAGAGAAGUACAGUCUAAUGGAUACAUCUACACAGACAAGGAGUUGGAUCAGUUAUUGGACAGAAGCGACAUGUUAGGAAAUCAAUCAUCCACCAUUCCUGAAAGGAUGUCUCUGAAGAGGAAGCACUCUGACUCUAAUCAAAAGGAACUCUUCCAAGAAUUGUGAUCCAGAUUCGCAGUGCAAAACGUACUUAAUUACUCACACUUAAUUCCUUUAACAAUUUAGAUUAGAGAAUACAAGAUUUCAGCUAAUACUUCAAAGAGUUGUGUAAAAUUCUCUAAACAUGAUAGCCUAUAUAUUUCUGUAGGGCUCAAUUAAUAUGUACAAUAAAGUGAUAAUCCCUUAAA